GACGCGCAUGCGCCCUGGUGGCGAUUGGCAAAAAAAGAAGCUGCUGCGGCGAAAGAGUCGUCUCCCGAUUUCGGUGAUGAUUCCUGUCGCCAAGUCGGCAUAAAUUCGGCCGCUUUUUGCAUUUUACGACUGCUAAACCCACACUAAGAUCCGGCAUUACAGACAGGAUGGCGUCUGACGACCCCGAGGAAGACACUUACGCCGGAGAGGAGGAAGAAGAAGUUGAAGGCGGUGAUGAAGAAGCCGCUGGUGAAGAGGAAAAGGACUCGGAGGGUGGUGCUCAGGCUGGCCAGCAGGAAGACGAUGACUAUGAGCCUGGGGAUUCUAAAAAACGCAAAAAGGGCAAAAAGCGGAAAGCCAGAGGCGAGGAGAAAAAGGGCAAAAAGAAGAAGAAGAAGAAGAAGAACGAUUCUGAAGAGAGUGAGAACGCUGAAGAAGAAGCUGGUGACUCUGACUAUGGCAGCAAGAAAGGCCGUAGGUCCAGAGGCCAGAAAAGCUCCACUCCAGCGGCUAGUGCAUCUGCCAGCACUCCAGCUGCAGAAGCUUCCUCAGGUGAAAUGCCCAGUAUUGAAGAGGUUUGCAAGACUUUCACCUUGACAGAUGUCGAUAUUGACUACACUGACGAGGAACUUGCCAAUUUGGUCACAUACAAGCAAUACAUGGCUCACAUAAGGCCAUUACUUACUAAGGAAAAUCCUAAGGUUGCCGUGUCAAAGAUCAUGAUGUUGGUUGCUGCAAAAUGGAGGAAGUUUUCAGCCGAAAAUCCCCACAUGCAACCUGAAACGCCCGCAGAGGCUGAAUAUACACCUAAGCCAAGCAGGUCUCGUAGCUCAGCAGCGCCCACUCCCCAAGAGGAGGAGGAAGAUUUGGAUGAGGAAGAUGAUGACCGCAGCAAGAAAAAACGAGGGCGGAAGAAGGGUGGAAAGAAAAGCGCUGGCAAAGUUCCAACGUUGAAAAUCAAGCUUGGCAAGCGCAAGAGAGGCAGUUCUGACGAAGACAAGAGCGCCAGCGACCGCGAUUCUGACGCAGAGUUUGAGCAAAUGCUGCAGGAAGCUGAAGAGGCGUCUAAGCCCGAAGAAGCUGAACCUGAACCUGUAGAGCAACCUGUGAAGCGCAAGGCCAAGACUAAGAUAGGUAAUAAGACCAAGAAGAAGAAGAAAACUAAAACCACCUGCAAGUUCCCACUGGGCGAAGGAGAGGAAGGAUUUGAAGUGACCGAUCACCAGGAUUAUUGCGAGGUUUGUCAACAAGGUGGAGAGAUCAUCCUCUGCGACACCUGUCCUAGGGCUUACCAUUUGGUUUGCUUGGAGCCUGAGUUGGAGGAAGCUCCAGAAGGCAAGUGGUCUUGUCCUCACUGCGAAGGCGAGGGCGUCCAAGAGCAGGAGGAGGAUGAGCACAUGGAGUUCUGUCGAGUCUGUAAGGAUGGUGGCGAGCUGCUGUGCUGCGACUCCUGUCCCUCCGCUUACCACACAUUCUGUCUGAAUCCACCUCUGCAAGAAAUCCCAGAUGGCGAUUGGAAGUGCCCACGUUGCUCUGCCGAGCCUCUAGAGGGCAAGGUAAGCAAAAUCCUCACCUGGCGUUGGGUGGAGAAGGAUGGAGAUGAGAAGAAGGACGAAGAUCAGCUAGCCAUGUCAAAGAAGAAGAUACACAAGCGGCAGAGGGAGUUCUUUGUCAAGUGGGCCGACAAAUCGUACUGGCAUUGCUCUUGGAUCACAGAGCUUCAGAUGGACGUGUUCCAUCCAGCUAUGUACCGCUGCUACUGCCGCAAGUACGACAUGGAUGAGCCCCCCAAGCUGGAUGAGUCCAUUGAUGAGAUGGACACUAGAAUGAGGAGACUCAAAGAGGCUGGCGUCGACGACGCCUCUUUUGAAGAUAGGUUCUACAAGUAUGGUGUAAAGCCUGAGUGGCUCAUCGUGCACAGAACCAUCAAUCACAAGUCCUUGAGGGAUGGUACUUACAUGUAUUUGGUCAAAUGGAGGGAUCUUGGCUAUGAUCAGACUACUUGGGAAUUUGAUGAUGGCACAAUUCAUGGAUUGCACACAGCUGUUGAGUACUACCAGGACCUCCGUGCCUCACUGAACGCAGAUGGUACCAGCAGCAAAAAGGGCAAGAAGGGCAAGGGCAAGAAGUCCAAGACCAGGGAACUGCAGGAGGAUGAGGAACGGAUUCCCAGGCGCUAUACACCUCCUCCAGAUAGGCCGACCACCAAUCUGAGCAAGAAAUAUGAACGCCAACCAGAUUUUAUUGACCAGACUAACAUGGCUCUCCACCCCUACCAGUUGGAAGGUCUCAACUGGUUGCGUUACAGUUGGGGCCAGGGCAUCAACACGAUAUUAGCUGACGAAAUGGGUUUAGGAAAAACAAUCCAAACCAUCGUAUUCUUGUAUUCACUGUUCAAAGAGGGACAUUGUAAGGGACCUUUCCUGGUCAGCGCCCCUCUGUCCACCAUCAUUAACUGGGAGAGAGAGUUUGAAACGUGGGCGCCAGACCUCUAUGUGGUCACCUAUGUAGGCGACAAGGACUCUCGAAUGGUCAUCAGAGAGCAUGAGUUGUCCUUUGAUGAGAAUGCUGUCCGAGGAGGUACCAGGGUGUCGAAGAUGCGGUCCAACAAUGUCAAAUUCCAUGUUCUGCUUACAAGUUAUGAAUUGGUAUGCAUAGACGCUGCAUGCUUAGGCUCAAUCGACUGGGCUUGUUUGGUGGUUGACGAGGCGCACAGACUGAAAAACAACCAGUCCAAGUUCUUCCGACUGCUCAACGGCUACAGAAUCCAAUACAAGCUGUUGCUGACUGGCACUCCGCUGCAGAACAACCUCGAGGAGUUGUUCCAUCUGCUCAACUUUUUGGAGAAAGACAAGUUCAACGAUCUGUCGGAGUUCCAGAAUGAGUUUGCGGACAUUUCUAAGGAGGAGCAAGUGCAAAAGCUGCACGACAUGUUGGGUCCACACAUGCUGCGUCGUUUGAAAGCUGACGUGCUCAAGAAUAUGCCAACAAAAUCUGAGUUCAUUGUCCGUGUUGAACUGUCUCCAAUGCAGAAGAAAUACUACAAAUAUAUUCUAACCAGAAACUACGAGGCUCUCAAUGCCAAGGGUGGUGGUCAGCAGGUAUCUCUGCUCAACAUCAUGAUGGAUCUGAAGAAGUGCUGCAACCACCCGUACCUCUUCCCUGCCGCCUCCAUGGAAGCCCCUGUGGCCAUUAACGGAACCUAUGAGCUCCAGGCGUUGACCAAAGCGUCUGGGAAGCUCGUUCUUCUUGCGAAAAUGUUACACAUGCUGAAAGAUACUGGGCACAGAGUGUUGAUCUUCUCCCAGAUGACGAAAAUGUUGGACAUCCUUGAGGACUAUCUAGAAGGUGAAGGCUACAAGUACGAGCGCAUUGAUGGCAGCAUCACCGGCACAAUGCGACAGGAAGCCAUUGACAGAUUCAACGCUCCUGGAGCCCAGCAGUUUGUUUUCCUGCUUUCCACCCGCUCUGGUGGUCUUGGUAUCAACUUGGCAACUGCCGACACUGUCAUCAUCUACGACUCUGACUGGAACCCUCACAAUGACAUCCAGGCUUUCUCUCGAGCCCAUCGUAUUGGUCAGGCCAACAAGGUCAUGAUCUAUCGAUUUGUUACUCGCAACUCUGUGGAGGAGAGAGUCACUCAGGUGGCGAAGAGGAAAAUGAUGCUGACCCACUUGGUGGUGCGACCUGGUAUGGGAGGAAAGAGCACCAACUUCACCAAACAGGAACUGGACGACAUCCUUAGGUUUGGCACUGAGGAGCUGUUCAAGGAGGAGGAAGGUAAAGAGGAUGAGGCUAUUCAUUAUGACGACAAAGCCAUCGCUGACCUGCUGGACCGAACCAAAGAGGGCAUUGAGCAAAAGGAAAACUGGGCAAACGAGUAUCUUUCAUCUUUCAAGGUGGCUAGCUAUGUGACCAAGGAAGGUGACGAUGAAGAAGAAGAAACGGCUACCGAAAUUAUCAAGCAAGAAGCUGAAAACACGGAUCCAGCAUAUUGGGUCAAGCUAUUGCGGCACCAUUAUGAGCAACAGCAGGAGGACUUGGCGCGCACCCUAGGAAAAGGCAAACGUGUCCGCAAACAGGUCAAUUACAACGACGCUGCCGAUGGGAGAGACGACACUACGUGGCAGGACAAUUUAUCGGACUACAAUUCUGAGUUUUCUGCUCCAUCUGAUGAUGACAAAGAGGAUGAUGACUUUGAUGAGAAGGGUGACGGAAAUGAAGCAGGAAGGAGAAGUGGCAGAAGAAGGGGAAUGGAGCGCAGGGAUGAGAAGGAUAGGCCCUUGCCUCCCCUGCUCGCUCGUGUUGGAGGAAACAUUGAGGUCCUUGGCUUCAAUGCUCGACAGAGGAAAGCCUUCCUCAAUGCGAUCAUGCGAUAUGGAAUGCCACCACAGGAUUCCUUCAAUUCACAGUGGUUGGUACGUGAUUUACGUGGCAAGUCAGAGCGCAACUUCAAGUCGUACGUGUCUUUGUUCAUGCGCCAUUUGUGCGAGCCUGGCGCCGACAACGCCGAAACAUUCGCUGAUGGCGUUCCCAGGGAGGGGCUCAGCAGGCAGCAUGUGCUCACUAGAAUCGGCGUGAUGUCGCUAAUCAGGAAGAAAGUGCAGGAGUUUGAGCACAUUAACGGGUAUUACAGCAUGCCUGAGAUGGUGAAGCGGCCAGCAAAGCCAGAAAAUCCUGAGGUGCAGAGCACAGCCACCAGUAACAGCGCCACGCCUGCGACGAGUGCAGCAGCCAGUCCAGCGCCUCCGAAGGAGGAGGAGAGCAAGGAAGCUGGCACCAAGGAAGGAGAGCCGGCUGAGAAGGAGGCGGAAAAGGAAAAGACUGAGGGAGGAGAGGAGGCUGCCCCCAAAGAGGAGGACGCGGCGGCCAAGGAGUCUGAGGUGAAGAAAGAGGAGCCUAUGGAAUUGGACGCAUCGCCCAAGAAGGACAAGCCUGACGAGGAGAUAAAAGAAGAUAAAAAGGCUGAGGAUGAAGUAAAGGCGGACGCAAAGGAAGAUGAGGAGGCGAAGAAAUCUGAGGAGGGUGACAAGCCUAAAGAAGAAUCCAAGGAUGAGACCAAAAAAGAUGAAAAGAAGGAUGAGGAAACAAAGGAGGAGGAGAAGGAGAAGAAGGAAGAGAAACCUGAGGAGGAUCUCAAAGUCGAGGAGGACAAGAGCAAACGCCGCUUUAUGUUCAACAUUGCCGAUGGAGGCUUCACAGAGUUGCACACACUUUGGCAGAAUGAAGAGAAAGCUGCAGUACCUGGCCGAGAGUACGAAAUUUGGCACAGAAGGCACGAUUACUGGCUUCUCGCUGGCAUUGUGACCCACGGGUAUGGCAGAUGGCAGGACAUCCAGAACGACAUCAGAUUCGCCAUCAUAAAUGAGCCCUUCAAGAUGGACGUCGGCAAGGGCAACUUCCUGGAAAUCAAGAACAAGUUCCUCGCCCGCAGAUUUAAGCUAUUGGAACAGGCUUUGGUGAUUGAGGAGCAAUUAAGGCGUGCUGCCUAUCUGAACCUGACUCAGGACCCCAACCACCCUGCAAUGAGCCUCAACGCAAGAUUUGCUGAGGUUGAGUGCUUGGCUGAGUCCCACCAGCAUCUCUCCAAGGAGUCACUGGCUGGCAAUAAACCUGCCAACGCCGUACUCCAUAAGGUUUUAAAUCAGCUGGAGGAGCUGUUGUCGGACAUGAAGUCAGACGUGAGCCGCUUGCCGGCCACCUUGGCCCGUAUUCCCCCUGUCGCCCAACGGCUGCAGAUGUCAGAACGCUCCAUCUUGUCGAGGCUUGCCUCUCCGGGAGGAGUGCCCAGCGGCAGCGGUGGCAGCAGCUCACAGUCAAGCGCAGCCGCGGCUGCAGCGGCAGUGGCCGCAGCCCAGGCGGCCGGCCUCCUUGGCCAGUUCCCACCAGGUUUCCCCACCGGGCAGUUGCCUGCUUCGUUUGGCGCCGCCAACUUUGCCAACUUCAGACCACAGUACUCUGUUCCUGGACAGCCUCAGUCUUCUUCUGGGGGCUACUCUGGCAAACAUAAAUGAUUCGCAGGGACUUCUGGACGCUCUGACGAGGGCAGGGCCCGUGCCAGCGGUGGCGCUGACAAGAAUCUGAUACUUAUCGAUGACUGAGCGGCUUGAGCUCGUAAUGCAACACACAAACACAGAACACACUCACACCUUCUUUCCUGUCGGCAUUUUUGUCUGGUUCUCUACUCAUCUUCCGUUGCAUUAGUUUUGUAAUUAUUAAUCUAAUCCGCAUCUUUGAUUGAGACGUAUUUGAUUAUUUAUUUUUCGAUCCGCGGAGCGCGUCUUUACUCUCGUUUUAGUGCAAUAGGUUGUUUUGGCAUUUUCGUCUCACAUUAAGACCUGAGGGACAGACAGAUUUUUUUUCAGAAGCACUUGAACCCCGACGGUGGCCGGUAGUUGUAAUUAUUUGCAAAUUGUUUAUCUUUUUUCUUUGCAAGACAUUCCUCACGAGCAGCAAAUUCUCAAUGUCUAGCAAGCAAGUGUAAAAGCAAAACUUUCAUGCAAGUUGACAAGGUAACCAACUUCAAUCUUCAUGUGUCACCGACCGCGCGAACAAUGCAAUGUUAUCAUGCAGUGUUUCAAUUUGUGCGUUAUUUUUUACUCUCGUUAAAGUUAAUUUUAAGCCAUGUCCCAAAUUUAAAACAAGACACGAAAAAUGAAGAAGUGAAGCAAACUUACUCUGCUCUGGAUCUGUACGUAUUUGAUUGCUGCUGACCACUUAUUCAUCAUUUAAGAAGAAAUUGAAGAAACUUUGGCUCCUAAUCAAUUGGAUGUACUUGUAUUGAUACAAAUAGGCGGUUAAUUAUUAUUCUCAUGAUGUAGUAAUGUAAGUAAAUAAAUUUUUGAAUCGUA